UGAUCGAACCUGCAACGUGGAAUAUGAGGACUUUACUUUGGUGUUGUGUCGCACUAGCGGCGCUGGCCUACGUCAGCUGUCGCGAGCUCUCCCGCCAGAAAAGGGAGGCCGACUUGGAGGGGGCGGCUACCGGUCACGGUGGAAAAUGGGACAAGGGCGGCGGCCACGAUCAUCACGAAGACCAUCACCACGACCACGGAGAGAAGGGACACAAAGGAUACAAAGGACAUCAUCAUCAUGAACAUGGCAAGAAGGGUCAUCAUCACCACGAGGGACACAAGGGGCACCACGACGAGCACGGCGGCCACAAGAAACAUCACCACCACGACGACGGACACCAUCACGAGCACCACCACGGAGAGAAGGGACACAAGGGACACGGCCACCACGAGGAGGGACAUUACCACAAGGGUCACUCAACCAAGGGCCAUCACGGAGUCCAUAAACACGACGAAUUCAAAAAAGAGAAGCACUUCCACGAUCACCAUCAUGAUGGCGGGCACCACGAGCACCAUGGUGGACAUCACGAGGAGCACGGUCACAAGAAGGGCGGCGAGUUCCACAAGGGACACAAGCACGGCGGUCAUCACCAUCACGAGCAUGGCAAGAAGGGACACCACGAGAAGGGAGGACACCACCACGACCACAAGGACCAUCACGAUGAGGGAGGUCAUCACGAGCAUCAUCAUCAUCAUCAUGACCAUGGCAAGAAGGGAGGUCACGAGGACCACAAGCACUGGGGACACAAGAAGGGACACAAAUAAAUGCUUUCGCAUAGUACAAGAAAAUAAUUCCAUCAACUUUAUUCGUAGAUAAGUUUAACUAAAGAAUUUUUAAUUAAGUUUAUCUCUUGUUAAGUUUUGUUAUCUAUUAUAAUAAGUAUUGUUGACUGUGAUGUUAUUAAUAAAAAAAAUAAUGUA